AUGUGGAAGGUGCUGCUGUCGAAGCCCAUGACUGCGGAGAAGGUGCUGGGAAAGCUGUUUGACGUGCUGUUGGACUGGCCAGUGCACAAGGCGUCGACUUUGGAUGGGGACCACAUGGACAUCUCUCCCCUGACCGCAACCAUGGCGCUGCAUAAGAUCCUCCAGCGGCCCCCCUGCCCACCGCAGGUGGAGGCAUUUUUCCCCCAGCUCUUCCUGGCGCUGCUGUUCCAGAUUUCUGUCACCGCAGCACUGACGCCGGAGGAGGCUGAGAUGUGCUGGAGGGAAUGCCAAGGGGAAGAGUCUGCUCUCACCAGCCCCGUCAGGGCCGCAGUGCGGGCCAUGAAAGCGCUGCUCUGCCGUGCCGGCUACGAGCGCCAGGUGCUGCUCAUGGCGAGGAAGGGUGGCUGGGACAUGCUCCUCCGCGCUGAGACCCACCACAGCGGAGUGGCUUUGCUGGCCAGGGAAAUGAGGGAGACCCCAAGAAGCCUGCGAGUUUACCUCCUGCGCCAGCUGGCAGUGCUGCUCCGCCUGGAGGAGCCCUCCCAGGAGAUCUCCAUCCUGGCUUUCCUCGUGGAGCUUGUGGAUUGCCCGGACCUUUGCGAAGACAAUGCUCAUAUCCUGCUGCUCCUUGCGAGGUAUCUGGAGCGUGGCAGCCAGGUGAUUCGUGGACUGGUGCUCAGAGGCCUCAUCCUGCUAUGCGACAGGCCGCAGACGGUAAGAGAAAUGCGCUUCCUGCUGCCACUCAUCAUGGAGCAACUGCGGGAUGCGGACAGCGACAUCAGCACUAAGGCCCUGGUGGUGCUGCGACACGUGGUGCACGUCAUGGGCGAGGAGACGGUGGCCAGCAUUGCUCCGCAGCUGUCCGCGGAGCUCCUGCUGCUCUUUGAUGCCGACGCUGUCCAGGUGCGAGUGCUCUCCACGCGGCUCUUCAGAGAUGUGCUGGCAAUUAUGCUGGGCACCAAAGACCAGCAGCUGCAGAAGCAAGUGCGCAGCAGCCUGCUGCCACUGCUCUUCCACAUGGAGGACGAGAGCUGCAGCGUGCGCCAGGCCUCUCGGGAAGCCCUCCUUCGCGCUGCCAACUUCCUCAAGUGGAAGCAGCUCAGGCAGCUGGUUGAGACAGCGCAGACGUGGAGGAUCGGCGAGUGCCUGCUGGUGAGGGCCAGAAGAGCAGAAGAGUACCUGCACCAGAGCCUGACAUACUUGGAGAGCCCGCAGGAGUCCUUGCGAGAGGCAGCCGUGAGGUUCACUGGGCUUGUCGGGCAGCACCUGAGGGGCCGGAGCAAGGAGAAGCUGGAGGACAUCUGGCCGCAGCCCCCGGGAGCCCCUGAGCACCACUUGGGGGGCCAGAAGCAGCAGCAGCCAGAGUGGCUGGUGUCCGCCAUCAGCAAGCGGCUGCCCCCCUGUGAGCACUGCCACUCGGGGGGCGCAGGUGGCUGA